CAGAGCAGUGGAUCUUCAGGUGCGUUUUCGACCGCCGUCCACCAGGGGGCGAGAAGCCAAAGACAGAUCGCUGCUCAUGCUAUAAAACAAGGAAGAAGAGGUUUUCCUGUUGGUUAGCCUGCUUUCAUUUGCUUAUAACGUCUAAAUGAGAGAAAGUUAGCCCGCUGGAGAGCUUUUAGAAAUGGCUGCCGACGAUAUUGACUACAAUAUUGUAUUUCCGGAUGCGGGCACAUUAGAGAGACACUGGCAGGGGACAAAGGAGCCAGUUGUGAUCCUGUUGGGCUGGGCUGGGUGCAAGGACAAACACCUCUCCAAAUACAGCUCUAUCUACAAUGACAAGGGAUGCGUCACCAUCCGCUACACCGCGCCGCUGAAGACCGUCUUCAUCUCUGAGACGUUCGGCUACAAGGAGCUGAGCAGCACCGCGCUCAAGCUGCUGGAGAUCCUCUACGACUACGAGGUGGAGAACAGCCCCGUCUUCUUCCACGUCUUCAGCAACGGCGGCUUCAUGCUCUACCGGUACAUCGUGGAGCUGCUGCACAGCGACCAGCAGUUCAGCUCGCUGCGCGUGCUCGGGGCGGUGGUGGACAGCGCGCCCGGCAGCGGAAACGUCCAAGGCGCCCUGCGCGCGCUCACCGCCACCCUGGGGCCCCAGAUAAGCCCCGCUUUAAAGUACGUCCUCCUGGCGCUGUUCGCGGUGAGCGUUUUCCUCCUGCGGAUCGUGCUGUACCCGGUGACGAAGUUCAUCCACAAGAACCACUACGACGCCGUGCGAGAGCGCCCGCCCGCCUGGCCCCACUUCCUGCUGUACUCCAGAGCGGACCAGGUAAUCAGGCACAGGGACAUCGAGCUUUUCGCCGAGGCCGUGGCAAAGAAGGGCGUCCCUGUGCAUAGCUGCGACUUCGCCUCCAGUGCCCACGUCUGUCACUUCCGCGAUUUUCCCGAGCAGUACACUCGCAAGUGUCGUGACUUCCUGGUGGCUUGCAUGAAGGACUCUGAAGGACCUGAAGCGAAAAAGAGACAAUACGUUCAGAGUCAGUGAAGGUUUGCUCUCUCCAGAGUUUAAAGAUAAUAUCACUACCAUGCCUUUUUUUUUUUUUUUUUUUUUUUUUUGGUGUGGUUGGAAAAUUCCAAGAAACUGUAAAGCUUUCUUCUCAUGACUUCUGCUACAUUUAAUUUUAAUGUCCCAGGGCGCACUGCAAGCGUAAGUUCCACUUGUCUAAAUUAGUUUAUUUUUUUUAAAUAAACUAAUUCACACUAGUUGAAAUAUGCCAGUAUGACAUUCCCACGGUAGGAUAACCGUAGAAAUAUCACAGUAUUUACCCACACACACACAAAAACAUGCAUAACAUUUUGCAAUUGUUUUUGCUUGAAAUGUUAUAGAAAAUGUAUUUGUUAUAGAUUCAAAAAAUGAAAUUUAUAACUGGGUUGGCGUAUCGGAUUUUAUGAUAUUUGGUGCCAUUUGUUGCGAUACUGAUAAAAAUUCCGACAAAAACUAAAACUAAAAGUCAGUCGCUGGUUUUGAAGACACUUCUGUUGCACACAGUUAAUACUGUUCUAAAUACAACACAUUAUAACGUAAGCCACUUUAGCUGUAGUAAGCAUGGCAACUGUUUGGCUAAUCACCACGCGAUAAUUGUAGUCAAACAUAUUUUCAAAUGCACAUUUAUGGAUGCUUUACUGGAACCAACAGUGAAAGUUGGAUUUUUCCCACCAUUUCACAGAGGGAUCUAUUUCAGCCAUUUGUUUCUGCUAGUUUAGAUGACUGGCACAAAGCUAAUGAAAGGACUUUGGCCCCACCACACUUUUUUUCUUCCACUCGAUUUUCCAUUAGCAGGCAGCUUCUUUAACAAUGGCUUUUUGCGGCUUGACCCACUUUUGGAUGGAGUCAGUAACCUAAUCCUGUCAAGUCGUCACUCAUAAAUAGCAUUUCAGUAUUUUUCUCUCAUUGGUCGUGAAAUGUGAACAUUUUCUGAAAGACUUAAGUUUUGGAUUAUAAAAGCUGUUGAGAAUUGUCAUCAAAAUGAUCACUUGAGACAUAUCCUUCUGUGUAGAAAUGAAUCUAUAUAAUUAAUGAGAUUCAUUUUCUUAUUCAAUGACUGAAAAUCCCUUUCUAGCGAUAAUUUAAAUUACUGAGAUGCACUUGUUCUGUUAAGUUUUGUACCACAUAAACACACUUUUUUUUCAGAUUAGUUGCCAGAAGCAUUGAGAUGCACUGGAAAAAAAAAACUAAAGUCUUCUAGGCUAAUUUAUUGCUGUGAAAUGUGAUGCACUGUACAUUAGUAGUUGCCGGUCAGUCUGACACAGAUCUGACUGCCUGUUCUGUUUUGUCUAUUUAUGAAAUGUAAUUUAUGAUUUCUCACUAAAAUAAGGGUGCUUUAUAAAGAAGGUGUCGUGUAUCUUAAGUGAUUCAUGUGAUUUUGUCCUUUAGACUUGUCACUGCCUUACAGGAUUUGUGUCCAAAUCAAGUGAAUUCGACCUAAUGUGCGAUACAAACAAAUUUAGUCCAAGGACGAAGCCUAGUGACGAUGAAUGUAUGUGUGAAGCACAACCGAUAUGUUCACUUUUUAACUGAUGUGCCUUCAAUAAACCAGAAUGCUCA